UAUCACAACAUCAACAAUCAACAUAACCUAUUCGCACCCCGGUCCAUCUGUCUCUUUGUAAUUUUCAAUAUUUUAUUUAAUUUUGAGAACUCUAGUUUUUUAAGCAUUGAAUUCAUUUUUUUUUUCAAGAAAUAAUGUGUGUCCUAAUAGGCUAACCUAGCCUGUAACCAAGAAAGGAACUAUACCCUCCACGCAUGUUGAUGUUUUAUUCUUGACGCUCUCUCAGAUCUGCAUGGUUGGAAAAAUUUGAGGAAUUAAUUCUCAUCGCUAUCUCAGAGGAUUCAAACUUUUCCCGUCUCAAGUUUUUUUAUGAACCGUUUGCUCACUGUUCAACAUGGCAAGUCGAGGAAGGAUUAUUUUUGAAAAAUUAAGAGCCCUUGCCAUUGUUUCAACUGGCGGAUUUACCACUUUUUCUGCUCUCAACAUCUACAAUGAGAAUGAAAAGUAUUACGAAAACUUCAUCGUACCUUUAAUGCACAAAGUCUCUCCUGAAACUGCGCACAAUUUAACAAUCAAAGCCUUGAAAUAUGGACUCAUUCCAAAGUCAAAAUUUGUUGACCCACCUUCUCUGGUAACGGGUGUGUGGAAUUUGACAUUCCACAAUCCUGUGGGUAUAGCGGCUGGCUUUGACAAACAAGGUGACGCUAUUCAAGGACUGUUUGACAUAGGGUUUGGUAUUGUUGAAGUUGGGUCUGUUACACCUUUACCCCAACCAGGAAAUGAGAAACCUCGGGUAUUUCGUCUGGCAGUAGAUGAAGCAAUCAUAAAUAGGUAUGGAUUUAAUAGUGAGGGCCAUGAAGCUGUCUACAAAAGAAUCCUAGAAUUCAAGGCAAAGAGUAAAUCUCGUGGUUGUCUUGGCGUUAACCUCGGUAAAAACAAAACUUCAGAAAGCCUAAUUUCUGAUUAUGUCCUUGGCGUUCAAAAAUUUGGAGAAGUUGCAGACUAUCUAGUUAUAAAUGUAUCAAGUCCCAACACUCCAGGCCUGAGAAACUGGCAGAGUAAAUCAAAUUUGAAGCAACUCCUACAGGAAGUUGUCACAACUCGCAAUAAUCUAGCUUUUCUACCACAUCCACCAUUACUCUUGAAAUUAUCAGCAGAUCUUUCAUAUGAUGAAUGCAAAGAUAUUGUAGAAGUUAUCAAUGACCCUAAGUGUAAAGUAGAUGGUCUAAUAAUAUCCAAUACAAGCAUUCAAAGGCCAGCCACACUCAAUGGUGAUCACGUAGAAGAGACGGGAGGAUUAAGUGGCAAACCAAUUGCAAAUAUGUCAACAAGUUUAAUCAAAACAUUCUACAAGUUGACCAAAGGGAAAGUUCCAAUUGUUGGUGUUGGCGGAAUAUCUUCUGGUCAAGAUGCAUAUGAAAAAAUCAAAGCUGGUGCUAGUUUGGUGCAAAUUUACUCUACGCUGGUGUACCAUGGCCCCCCGGUUGUCACCAAAAUAAAGAGAGAAUUAGAUGAAUGCUUAAGGAGAGAUGGCUUUAAAUCUGUUGCCGAAGCUGUUGGAAAAGAUGCAAGGUGAUAAUCUGAGACUUUACUCCGAUACUUUGAACACCUACUUGUCUUUUAAAAACCUCUUGAAUAGCACAUAAAAUAUCACAAAGUAAGAAUAGUUUUUAAACAUCAUCACUCGUCACACCGACCUGACAAGCAAACUCUGAUGUCUCAGGACCUUGAUCAUGCCAGGUGGAAAAGAACUCUUCGCUUCAUAGUACUUUCACUGAAAUCGGGUAAUAGAUUUAUAUUUAGAGCAUCACUACAAACGAUUUCUGAAGUAACCAUACUGUUGAUACUGUCCUCUUUAUAUCUUACGUCAGAAUCAUGAGCAAUUUUUCAAAUCUUUUUUUUUUCAUUUUUAACAAAAAGGAUGUAGAAAAAAGGAAACCUCCCUUGUGCCUGAUGACAAAAUUGAAGUGGACUAAGACAAGAUGGAGAGUGAUAAUUUUGUAUCCGGUAUCCUUCUUUGCUCAACUUUACAUAAUUCAUUUAAUUUUGCCGCAAUUUUAUCAUCAAGACAGAAGUGAUAUGCUUACUUAAGAUUUUAGAACAUUUUUAUUUUUUUAAGAUUCACGGCCUUUGAAGCUUUCCUGAAACUUUCUCCCAAAAUUAUAAUUCAUAAAUGGGUCAGCAAUAUCCAGUUUUGCAAAUUUCUUUUCAGAAAGUACGGUGUGUACUUGACCGUCGGAGUUUAAUCAGCCUCUUCUCCCCUUGUAAAUGAAUGUAUGGGUUUUCGCUGCCCCAUCGAAUAAUAAUUCUAUUAGCAUAAGUCUAAUCAUAUUCUUCUUGAUGCUGCAACUCAAGUUUGGCAACAAAUAAGUAAAGACCCCACUGAGACUAAUUUUCACCGAAAUUUUGUUCCAAAAUUUUCUACUUUAACAUAUUAGUAUACGUAAGCUUUGUUGUUUUCAUUUUUUUCUCUUUUAUUUUCUUUUGCCACAAAUGUGGAAUUCAUCCAAUGACUCAAACAUGAGUGGAUGACAAGAAGGAAAAAUUGUUGUCACCUUUCAAAAUUCACUAUAGAUGCAUUAAUUCUUAACGUAAAAUUGUUCACAAGUAAUGAAUCUCUGAGUAAAUAAUUGAAUUAAGGUAUAUUUUACUCCUGCGGUGCCUUUUUAUCCCCUAGUCAAGUUUGUCUUUUUGAUAUGGUCAAAUUAAAAGUAUUAUUGUUUCCGUAGUAUUAUUAAGAUUAUUUUGAAGCUCCAUGUUCAAAUACAUUCUUUGAGAAUAUAGUAAGGCCUUGUUUUGGCAUUUUUUCGGUUACUUGCAGGAUGUCUAUCGUUUUCACAAUUGUCUCCAAUUAAAAGCAAACUUUGUUUAUAUUUCUCUAUCAAAAUCAUAACAGUUUCUCAAACUGUUCAAAACAUGCUGCAGUACAGUAUGGAACAAUUGAGAUAAAUGUAACAACUACAGUACUCUCUAGUUGUAACAAAUUGGCAAGGGACGGGGCGAUUCCUUCGCACAAGAGAGAUUUUCAUUAUAAUUAGUGUCGUUAUAGCGAGAGAACACUGUAGUAAUGAAGCUAUAAGCUGGUUUUAGUUAGUAACUAAGCUGUUGUACAUGCUUUUUUAGCUUCAAUCAAAUGUUAAUGGUAAUCAAUAGAUUAUAGCAAGGAAGAAGAGAAUAAGUUUACACCAGCAUUAUUUUAAGUGUGAGUAGUAGCCAUUAAGAGUUUUUAGAUUCAGAUUUCACAUAAAUGUAUGCUCAAUCAAUUCUCUGAAACUUAGAACUCUUGUACUGUACUACCACAUACUUUUGCCUCUCUUGUCAAGUAUUUAAAAAAAUAUCUCUGAUAAGAUUAGGAUUACAUUGCUGAAGAGGAAGAUUUUUUUCAAAAAUUGCAAGUCACUUUCUUGCAGUAAGUCAAGAAUAUUUCAGUUUUUAGAGGUUUUUUUUUCUUGCAAUAUUAUUUUAGGUUUUUUAUGAUUUUAGAUUGCUCAUUUAUUUUACUCAUUUUACUUUGUGCAUUUCGGUUAUAUUCAGGAAAAAUCAUUCACAAAUGUAAUGUUUUUUCCGAUAGUACUCUGAGGUUUCUCUGUCUAAGAACAAUGGAAUUUGUCAUGCCUGUUAAUCUUUUUUCAGUUUUUUACACAAUUAAAUCAUUGUGAAACAUUCAACCAAGUGCCAAACAGUCAGUUAAAAGUAUUUUUUUUCUAUCAGUUGUUUGUUUUUUUAUAAUUUCAUGCAUACACCUCUGACCGGCUCUAGUUGAAAAGAAGCACACUUAAUUAGUAUUGUAGAAUUAUCGUAAGAAAUCAUUGUCAAAUGCUCAAAAAGAUGCCAACCAGCAAAUCUCAUUUCAUUUCAAGUCAUGGCUAUCUAAGUGUCUAUGAUGGCACUGAAAAGUUUUACUGUGAGAAUUUUUUUCCGAAAAAAUGUUACUUUUCAGCAAAGAAUGGUGACCAUCAGAAUUCUUUUUCUUACACUUCUCAUGACAGAAGCAAUCAAUGCCAUCUUUUUUUCCUUUUUUCUUUUUAUAAAAAAAAAAUUGAAUGAUAGCUGCUCUCAGGUAUAAUAUUAAAUAGAAACCACCUUGUCAAUCGAAAAUCAUAGAAUUAUCUCACCAAUCAUGUAUUACCAUCUCUGAAUAAAGCUCUUGAUUGUUACUUUUUGA